AAACACCGUAACUUCAUCAUCAACCUUCCCAUCUUUCUUACGCAAUUACAACUUUAACGCCUUUCUCUCUUUCUCCACCGUGAAUGUCGAGCAAGUCAAUGUUCUGGGAAGGAGAAGCUCUCUGCUUUUCUGCUUCUCGCUAAAUUUUUCCGAAAUUAGGAAACAGAGAGAGAGAGGGAGGUGCAGAGGAACGGUGGUUUUCGCAGUUCCCGGUGAUUUUAUCCUUUAUUUCUCUAAAUCGGAGAAUUGGAGCUUCACCCACUGCAAAUCAACUCUUGGGUUUUUGUGGGGUUCUCUGAAUUUUCGAGAUUCCAGAGAGAAUUUUUGAGUUUCCACAAGAUGUUUGGGUUUGGGUGUGACUGCUUUUACUGGAGCCAAGGAAUCUCCGAGUUUGAAAUGGAAUCUUCGGAGCCAAAGCCUUUCUCGCUUCCGUCUCCUCUUCCUUGCUGGCCACAAGGUCAAGGCUUUGCCACGGGAAGAAUAAACCUAGGAGGAUUAGAAGUGGCGAAAAUCACUAAGUUCCAUAAAGUUUGGAGCUCUGAUUCAUCGCACGGAAAAUCAAAACGUGCAACAUUUUACAGAGCCGAUGAAGUUCCAGAAGGUUUCCACUGCCUUGGUCACUAUUGCCAGCCAACCGAUCAGCCCUUGAGAGGUUAUGUACUUGCAGCUCGGGCUAGCAAACCCGUCAAUGCUGAUGAUGACCUCCCGCCCCUGAAAAAGCCUCUGAGUUAUUCUUUAGUUUGGAGUACAGAUUCAGAGAAAAAUGGCAGUGGCUAUUUCUGGCUACCUAAUCCUCCGGUUGGCUACAAAGCAGUGGGAGUUGUUGUAACCGAUGAACCAGAGGAACCUGAAACAGAGGAGGUUAGAUGUGUAAGAGAGGAUCUUACAGAGAGUUGUGAAACCUCUGAGAUAAUACUUGAGGUUGGUUCUUCAAAGAAGUCGAACCACUCUGAUUCUCCUUUUAGUGUAUGGAGCAUCCUACCUUGCGAGAGAGGGAUGCGGUCACAAGGUGUAGCUGUUGGCUCAUUCUUUUGCUGCACUUAUGAUCUGUCGUCUGGUAGAACGGUCCGUGACAUUGCAUGCUUAAAGAAUCUUGAUCAUACCUUACACGCGAUGCCAAAUCUCGACCAGGUCCACGCGGUUAUCGAACACUACGGACCAACAGUCUACUUCCACCCGGAAGAGACUUACAUGCCUUCCUCUGUUUCAUGGUUUUUCAAAAAUGGAGCUUUGUUAUAUCGGUCAGGGAAAUCGCAAGGAGAACCGAUUAACUCCACAGGCUCGAACUUGCCUGUUGGAGGGUGUAAUGAUAUGGAGUUCUGGAUAGAUCUUCCCAAAGACGAAGAAGCAAAGAGUAAUCUAAAGAAAGGAAACCUAGAAAGCUCUGAGCUUUACGUUCAUGUAAAACCAGCACUUGGUGGAACAUUCACCGACAUAGUGAUGUGGAUUUUUUGCCCCUUUAACGGCCCGGCCACACUCAAAAUCGGGCUGUUCACUUUACCUAUGACCCGAAUAGGAGAACACGUAGGUGAUUGGGAACAUUUCACUUUCCGAGUAUGCAAUUUCUCUGGUGAGCUUUGGCAAAUGUUCUUCUCUCAGCAUAGUGGCGGUGGUUGGGUUGAUGCGUCAGAUAUUGAGUUUGUUGAAGGCAACAAAGCGGCUGUGUACUCAUCGAAACACGGCCAUGCUAGCUUCCCUCACCCAGGAAUGUAUCUCCAAGGCUCGUCCAAGCUCGGGAUUGGAGUGAGGAACGACGUUGCGAAAAGUAAGUACAUUUUGGAUUCUAGCCAAAGGUAUGUGAUUGUAGCAGCUGAGUAUUUAGGUAAAGACGCUGUGGCUGAGCCGUGCUGGUUACAGUAUAUGAGAGAAUGGGGUCCAAUCAUAGCCUAUGAUUCAGGGUCUGAGAUCAAUAAGAUCAUGAAUCUUCUUCCUUUGGUUGUUAGGUUCUCUAUCGAGAACAUUGUAGAUUUGUUUCCCAUUGCUCUUUAUGGAGAAGAAGGCCCCACUGGACCAAAGGAGAAGGAUAACUGGGAGGGAGAUGAGUUAUGUUGAAAGAAGAAAGCUUCUUUUUGAAGAAAAGAUACCGAGUUCUAAGUUUCCAUUGUUUGUUUGUUCAUGGAAGUUUCACAUGAAACUUCAGUUAAAAAAAAAACAAAAUCUACCAAAAAGGUUUCAUUUUGUUAAAAUUUAAUUUCUACAUUUACUUUUCUAAAGUGUUUGUGUAAAUUGAUGGUAAUGUGCAUGGAUUGACAUAACAACUCUUGGA